AGACAGGCCAUAGUAAAGAUAGUUGCCCUAAUAGAAAGAUAGCACAAUCUAAUUUCAAUCAGUCUGCUUAUUUUAAGCCUUUUACGCCUAUAAAUUUUCAAAACAUACUCCCAGAUUUGGAUAAUAAGGAAGAAAGUUAUAAUGAAAAAAAUAAUAGGUGGACCAGUGAAUUUGGUAUUUUAAAUGAUCCAGCAAUUCACACACUUGGAUGGAAGAUUGAUGAGCCAUCUGAUUUUGCUAUAAAGGGCAAUUCCAAACAUAUUACUGAUUUGUUAGGAUGGUACACAGAUAUGCUGAUUACUAUGAAGGACAAAGAAGGAAAGACAGUCAUGGUCAUGGGUAAUUUUGUAUGUAUAAAUAAUAGUAAACCUGAACUAAUGCUAAUUUUAGGUAUGCCUAAUAUUCAAAAGCUCCAAGGUGUUUCUGAGCCAAAUAAAAAUCAGUUCUGCAUAAAGUUACAUGGGAAGACUUAUGUUAUUCCAACAUAUAGCAAGGUCCAAGUAGCUAAAAAACUGUCAAAAGAGGAGCAGAACCAAGUAUCUACCGAUUCCUUUAGCCUGAUUAGUAAAGACUUAAAAAAAAGUUUGUAA